UGCACGUUCUCUCUCUCAAGUUUUUAAAAGUUCUCUUUCUACAGUUAAAAAAGAAAAAGAAAAAGCAGUGAGUGAGAGAGAGAACGAGAGCGAGAGUGAGAGUAAACCCGGACAAAGCACUGAUCCGGAUAGAGAUAGAGAUAAAGAAGAUGGCUGUCUUCCUAAGAAAUGGCUGCAAAAGCCACUACUCAGUUCGGAACCUGUUGAUGCAGAGACCUUCAAUCGCCGACUCAAUCGGAGCUCCGAUUAUCCGGAGGCAACACCAGCAACAAUCGAAAGCCUAUGGCAUAUUUCGCCAAUCUUGUUACAGAAAAUUCAAAGACUUCGACUUGUCUCCUCCCAACAUACUCUCUUCCCGGUUUUCUUCAACGAGCUCGUCGUCUUCAACGAUUGGGUUUGUUGGGUGGUAUUUGGGGAUGGUCAAGUCUCGACCAAUUCUCACUAAAAGCAUCACUUGUGCUCUUAUUUACACUGCCGCCGAUUUGUCAUCUCAGACAAUUGCACAACCAUCUUCAGAAACUUAUGAUCUUGUGAGGACAUCACGCAUGGCUGGAUUUGGAAUGGUAAUUUUAGGACCAUCACUACAUUUUUGGUUCAACUUUGUGUCAAAAGUACUUCCGAAGCGUGAUCUAGUGACUACAAUGAAAAAAAUUGUCAUGGGGCAGACAAUGUAUAGUCCUGUUAUGGCUGUUGUUUUCUUCUCCGUGAAUGCGGCUUUACAAGGUGAAAAUGGUUCAGAGAUCAUCGCUCGAUUGAAGCGAGACUUGCUUCCUGCUAUGAUAAACGGUGCUAUGUACUGGCCGCUGUGUGAUUUUGUGACGUUCAAGUUCAUCCCCGUUCACUUACAGCCAUUGGCGAGCAACACGUUUGCAUAUCUAUGGACUAUUUACAUGACAUACAUGGCGAGCUUAGGGAAAGCAGUCACCGAGUAAUCAAAUGUGUGCCGUGCCGGUAAUCACUCCACCAAUUUUCAUUUCUUCUAAUGGCUCUGCGCUCUCCGAUUGCAUUUCUUCUAAUGAACGGUGGUUGCUGUGGAAUCACCCGAACAAACAUCUUGCGACUUUGUGGCAGAAACUUGGUUGGAUUCUAACCACAAUUCUCAAAUUUGAAGCUGCAACCAUUGUAGUAUCAAUUCAAUGAUGUACUGUGUUUAUUGGAAUGUGUAAUUUGAUUUAACUUCCAUUGGUUUCAAGAAAUUGGUUUGUGGUUUUUAGAUUAAAAUUAAUAAAAAAUAAUAAUAAUCAUUUGCAUUC